GCAGGCAGCACCAUGUCAAUGUGACAGCUGAUCGGGUAAAUGAUGCACCACUAACCACUGUGGAAAAGAGGAGGAGGAAAUAAAAAGAGCUAGCCACGGUUCCUUGCACUGGAUUGUGAGCCUUUGGCAGUCAGUAGCAUAUCUCUGGCAAGUGGAACGUGGGUUGUUGCUGUAAGCAAGCCGUUUUCUCUCUUGCUCUGAAAAGAAGGAUAUAUUGUAUGUACUGUACUCUUUAACACACAAGCUGUCUACAGCUCUGCUCUAUGGAUGGAAGCACUGAAGGGAUCUUACUGAACAGAGACACAGCAGAUAAUUUAGACCAAGUAACUAAAGUAUGCAGGUGGAAAAUAAUAGUAUGAAGACUUAGCAAUCAUGGGAGCUGGAGUUAAUGCAUUGACAAUCUCUACAUAGAUCUUCAUCCUUGGGUAUUUUGGUUUCACUCUAUCAAGGAUACACCAACCUUCACAUGCAGUCUGCAUGACAACUUUGGACAAGGCAAUUGAAAGGUUGUACCUUUUAACCAAGGACGACAAGUCACUACUUGUGUGACUUCCACCAGCUGACAAACACUUUUUUACUCCGAAACAAAUGAUCUGUUCAUUCUGAAGUUAAGUGUAGUGAUUGUGAAAUCCUUAAGGACCUAUCGCUUACUGGAGGGAAUCAGGCCAAGAUGAAGGACAUGUCAUUUGCUGUUCAUGUUUUUGUUGUUGCAAUGGCUGCUUUAGUACACGCUAUAGAGAAGAAAGUGGACUGCCCCCAGUCAUGUGUUUGUGAAGUAAGGCCAUGGUUCUCGCCAAAAUCCAUUUAUAUGGAGGCUCCUACAGUCGACUGUAAUGAUGUAGGAGUUUUUAUUUUACCUCAGAGAUUACCGUCUGACACCCAGGUUUUAUUGCUGCAGACUAACAACAUUGCAAAAAUCGAAAAACCUGUAGACUAUCUGACCAACAUCACUGAGAUAGACUUAUCUCAAAACAGUUUAUCCUCAAUGAGUGAUAUCAAUCUAGGACAUCUGCUCCAACUUCUGUCUGUACACAUGGAGGAAAACAAGUUAAACAAACUGCCUGACAACUGCCUGCCUGGACUGGCCAAUCUUCAGGAACUUUACAUUAAUCACAACUUCAUCUCUGCUAUUGCACCUGGAGCCUUCAAAGGGCUUCAGAACCUCUUCAGGCUCCACCUUAAUUCCAACAGGUUGCAGAUGAUCAACAGUCAGUGGUUUGAGGCAAUUCCAAGGCUAGAGAUUCUCAUGAUUGGGGAGAAUCCAAUCAUCAGAAUCCAAGAUAUGAACUUUAAACCACUUAUCAAUCUGCGCAGCCUGGUUUUAGCAAGAAUGAAUCUUACUGAAAUACCUGAUAGCGCUUUAGUUGGUCUUGAUAAUUUGGAGAGCAUCUCAUUUUAUGACAACACAUUUGCUAAAGUGCCCCAUUCCGCUCUUCAGCAGAUUCCAAGCCUAAAAUUUUUGGAUCUAAAUAAAAACCCCAUACAAAGAAUACAGAGAGGUGACUUCCAUGAUAUGCUACACUUGAAGGAGUUGGGAAUAAACAACAUGCCUGAACUGGUAUCUAUGGAUAGCCUCGCUUUAACCAAUUUGCCAGAACUGACAAAAAUAGAAGCAACAAACAACCCUAAGUUAUCAUAUAUCCACCCAAAUGCUUUCUACAAACUCCCCAGACUUGAAACAUUGAUGCUCAAUAGUAAUGCUCUCAGUGCCCUAUAUCGGAUUACAGUAGACUCUCUGCCUAACCUUAGAGAAGUAAGCAUGCACAGUAAUCCGAUCAGAUGCGAUUGUGUCAUCCGUUGGAUAAACAUGAAUAAAACUAAUAUACGAUUUAUGGAGCCUGAUUCCUUGUUUUGUGUUGAACCACCUGAGUUUGAAGGCCAGCAUGUAAAACAAGUCCUUUUCCGAGAAAUGAUGGAAAUAUGCCUUCCUCUUAUUGGCCCAGAGAGUUUCCCUCCUCAAAUUAAUUCCUACAAUGGGAGUUCCGUUUCUUUACACUGUAGGGCAUUUGCAGAACCAGAGCCUGAAAUUUACUGGAUCACGCCUUCAGGCAAUAAGGUCUUGCCUAAUACAGUUACUGAGAAAUACUACAUGCAUCCUGAAGGAACCAUUGAAAUAUAUGAUAUUACAGAACAUGAAGCUGGUUUGUACACCUGCGUUGCCCACAACCUUGUUGGCGCAGAUUUAAAAACUAUUUUGGUAAAAGUUGAUGGAUCUUUUCCACAGCCUAUUAAUGAGUCUUUGAAUGUCAACAUAAAAGAUGUGAAAACAAAUUCAGUCAUGGUAUCUUGGGAAAACUCUCCUAAGAGUUUAGCAUCUAAUAUUAAAUGGUCCACAACUAUGAAAGUAAAUGCUCCAACUGUUGCUUAUACAGUCAGAGUCCCAGCAGAUGUGAAGGUUUACAACCUAACCCUUCUAAACCCAUCAACAGAGUACGAAGUAUGUGUGAAUGUCCCCAGCAUCCACCAGCAGAAUGACAAGAAAUGUGUCAAUGUCACAACAAGAGGAUUAGACCUUGCAGUGAAAACAAAAGAAGAGUGGAGCACAGCAACAUUAAUUGCAGUCCUUGGAGCACUUAUGGGUGUAGCUUUCAUGUCUUGCCUCAUAUCUUAUGUAGCUUUUAAAAGAAAUUGCAUAUUAGGAAAUAACUUUUUAAGCAAUUCCCAGUCAAAAAAGCCAACCAUUCCUUUAGAUGAGUUGUAUUCUCCACUUACUAGUCUUUGGGUAUCUGAAAAGGGAGUGGGUUCAGCUGUAGAAGUAAAAGCCACAGUAAUAGAUGUCUCAAACAAUUUCUUAUAAGAAAUAACUGAAGUCAUUUGGCUUUUAUAUACAAAAAAUGAGAGGAGAGGGGGAAAAGCACAAGACUGCAUUCAUCGUGCUACCUUAACCUUGAUACCAACUUUCUGGAACAUCUGACUACAGCUUUGGUCCACAUUAUAAGGAAUGGGAAUCUAAUUUGUUAACAGCAUACCUGUUCCUAAAAAUGAUGUAGAAAGAAAGGUACCAGAGCAUAUUGUUUGCAACAUUACAUUGAAUGUGAUAUUCCUGGGUACUGGCCAUAUGAAUGGAGAAAAUGGAAUAAAGAAAACAAGAAAGCAUUGUCUCUGUUACUGACUGUUAUAUAUGUAAAGAGUAGUGGAGCUAUCCUAAUGGUCCUGAGCAAUAUCGUAUGUGCUGUAUUAUAAACAUAGGCAAGUAAAAAUACCCCAUGUGGUGUUAUAACAGAGAAAAUCCAGUAGAUUAGAGGAUACAAGUGACUAUGAUGUGAAACACUUUUUAUGAAAUAAUAUACAUUUUUGAAAAAAAAAAUAAAACUGUGGUUUUUGCCUUUUCAUUUAAAAGGAAAGCGAAUGAACCCAACCAAACAAGAACUGUUGGGUCCUAUUCAUAAAGGUUUAACUCAUGAGCUAUUCAAAAAAGGGCUAUUUGUUUUAGGAUAAUCAGUUCAUUACAAAUGGAUAUUGCUGUAAGGGUAAAAGGAUUUUUGUUUUUGUCAAGACAAAAAAAAAUUGAAGAGUAACUAAGCUUUGUGAAUCUGUCCCAGUUUCUCAUCCAGAUCUUUUAAUUCUACUCUAUACUAAAAUUCUAAGCAAUCAUAUCACUGUAAAUGAUCUGGUGUAAACAAUAUAACUAGAAAGAACAGUACAUGGUAUGAAGUCUGAUAAGCCAAAAUCAUAAAGCUAGAUUUCCAGUGAAAUCUAGCUCCUGGAGUACAAGGAAAUAAAGGACAAGAAAUAAAAGCAUUAUUAACCAGCUGCUACGGAAAUGAAGAGAAAUGGUGGUUCAAACAUCUAUUCCUUUUGUAUUGUACAAAUAGAACCAUGAAUUCUAUACAAACUUGAGAACUGAAAGCAGAUUACAAAAUAUUGCUGCAGGGACAAAGGCAGAUUGCUGUUCAUUUACUGUAUUUUAAGUUGUGUUUUUGGCUUUAAAAUAGGGCCGUAUAACAUGUAGAAUGUUUUUUUUUCUUCUUUUUAAGCACAUGUGAUAUUUGUAUGUACUGGAUCAUUACUCACAGUAGUUUUACUGUCCAGCACUGAACAAGUCUCCAGUUUGCCAACUGAACAUCAUAUUAAUUGGUGUUCAAUGUAAAUAAUAACCCUUCUCAAUCACUGCUAUUGUUCACAUAGUAAAACAUAGCUACCUGUUUGAGAGAUUGAAUAGUUCAUAAGUAGAAUUGUGUAUUCUGGUGUCUGCAGCCAUAGCAAUUCAUAUCAUCAUCAUUACCUACUUCACUGUAAUGGGUUUACUUAAAAAUGAUAACAAAUCCAGAUUAUACCUAACUGUGUACAAAAUUGUAUCCAAAUUGUCUCAUCCAUUUUACUGCUACUUUGAGAAAGCCAGUAACAGAGGAUGGGACUGUCACAACCUACUUCUGUUUCACAGAUUUAUCUCAAAAGCAAUAGGAACCAAGUUUAUACCUAACUCUGUAACUUUACAACCAUUUGUACAACCACUGUUGUCUCGGUGAUAGAAUUUGGAAUAUACAUUAUGUAUGCUUAUCAAACAUUUCAUAUUAUUAGGGAAGUUAUUGGGUUAACACCUUGAUAUUAAAAUUCUUAAACAAUGUGAAAUUGCAUGAGGCUGAUUAUUAUGUUUUAAGAGUGCUACAUGAUUAGAGAGUAUCUGACCUCCAUGGUGAAUAUGUUUCUUCACUGCCAUAGGCCUUGGAGUGAUUCAAGUUUAGAAUGUCAUUCAUCAUUGUUCGGCUAAAUGUCUUCUAAAAAUAUAACAGAUAUGGUUUUGAAAUUACAUUAUUAACAGCCUUUUGUUACAUAGUUUGUCACAUACAGUGAAUUAUGUAAAAAGGUGUUAUAAAGAGGGCCAAAAAAUAAUAAAUAUCAGUUGCUUAAUACGCAUGACAGCAUCACAGAACAUCCCCAUAAGUCCUAUUGUUAAGCACAUGAUGCCAAAAUAACAAGAAACAACUCAGUUCCAGAUGGCAGUUGUUUGCUUAUAGAGUUGUUUGUUGCUACUUUUACACCGUUAACAAAUGGGUCUUUGCACUUGCUUGAAAAGCAUGCAUUUCUUUUUAUAUUUAUAUGUCCUUGGUCAUUAAUCAACUGGGAGUAUUGCUUCCAAAGUCAUUUUACAAGCCAGAACAGAAAGAGUCUCCCGUUUUCCAUCUGAACAUCAUAUUAGUAGACGCUUCAGUGUAAAUAAUAGUCCCUCUCAAUCACAGCUGCAGUAUUGUUCACACAGAAAGCAUAACAACUUGUCUAGGUGGUUGUUCAGUUUAUAUGAUAGCACAACUAGUUUGUGCAGCCGUUACCGUACAUAGAAUGACCUACUUCCCAUUAACAUAUUUCAUUAAAAACGAAGAAAAAUCGAGAUGGUACCUUUCUGUGUAGUUGAACAUUCAAUUUGAAUUGUAUCCAAAUUGAAUCUCUGUCGAGGAUGAAUGUCAGAACCUACUUCUGUUUCACAUAUUUACUGUAUUUAUAAAGCAAUAGGCCACCUUACACUGUACCUAUUCAACAGCGUAUCCAUAUUUUAAACCCCUUUUGUGACCUUGACCUGGAGGUUCCCCAGAAUUCUUGUAUAUGACAUAAUUUGUGACAGUAACCUCCAUGACCUACUUGGAUUGUGAGAUACAGUGGAUGAAGUACAGACGGAAAGCAUCAUAUUAGCAUACUACUCUUUGCAUGGUUGCAACCAAAUGCACCACAGUACUUGGCUGGCAGCAACAGUAAGAAGAGAAUAUAACACAAUGGAUGUUGUUUAAUUCUGCAAAUGAGCACUCCACUGUUGAACCAGCAACUGAAUACACCCCAAUCAAAAUGAUAAUGAACCACACAACCCUAACACAUAAGGUUUAAUUUCUCUUUAACUUUGCUGUAAUUCUAUCACUUUAUAUAAUGAUAAGGUUGCAAAGUAAAAAUAAUAAAAUACAAAUAAAAAAAAAACUAAAGCAGAAUUACUUUACAUUAAAAAUCCAAUAGGUAUUCCUAACACAAAAUCACAAACCUGAUGAAUCACCAUCACACACAAGCUGACAUGAGAAUUUAUCAGGUAGACAUGCCCAUAUAUCAUGAAACAUGUCAGCACCUUGGACAAGGCUUUUAGAGCUAGGCUAUUAGUCAAAGACACAGGAGCUGAAAUAUGACCUAUUGCAAUGCAGGUACUGUAUAGGUCAGCAGAAAUGUGCUCAUGUAUCUUGGAUCUUCCCCUUUUGAUCCUAGUUGCAUUUAGGAGCUAUUACAGAUAUAGCUUGGUGGUGUGUGGGUUUGUUUGUUAAGACACAACAGAUUUAGCUGAAAAUGAAAAGACAAGGUAAGUGAUGGAAAUCUCAUGUGAGGAAAUGCUACAUUUUUGCAGGUAAAUAUACAUUGCUUCAGCAUCAUCAGCUGUGUCGUUAUAUUUAUUAUGCAAUGAUUAAAAUGUGAUUUAAAAUAUCUACAAAUAAGCUACUUUGCAUUUGUUUGACAAUGUAUGCAAUACUACGAGCUAGAUAAUAAUAUAAUCCCAUUGAUCUAUGAAUAAUAAUAUCUGCCAUAGGCUGAAACCAAAAGCAUUCUUCAGAUUAACAUAUCUAUAUUCUUUGUAUUCACAUUGCAUACAAUAAUUUGAAAUAAUUUGAAGAGUAUCUCAUUAAAGUAUGUGCAUUUUCUAAGGUUCUGAUUUAAGGGUUAAACUCGAUAUAGUAGUCUCCACAUAUAGGAACACCUCCUAAGAGAACACUUCGCCUAAGGGAACACUCUUGUGGCGAAACAGAUUUUUCCCAUUGUAAAUGCUCUGGCUCAAGGAACAGGGACUUCGAUUAAAAGAACACCUUCUUGGCACCAAUAGCGAUUCGUUCACAAUGGUUGCAAUACUGUUUUGUAAUCUGAUACAUCAUCAUCAUCAAACUUAAAUUAAAAUGGUUUAUUCAGUCUUUUCAAAAGCAACUUGUCAUCGCGAGAGUGUUUUCAGGCACACCGAUUGGUUGAUUUAUGUUGGAUACACGUCAUACUUAAACAACAACAUCAGUCUACCUAGUAGAUGAGCAUCACCCUUCAUUUUUUUUACAGUGGUAAUAUGUGCUGUAUAUAAAUAUUGCAUCACCUGUUCCAUUUGUCACUGUCAAUACAGUCUCAAGAUAGAAAGGUCAAUGUAACAAGUUUAAAAGGGGUUUAGGCUAUUCCUGAGGAUAACAUAACUAAACUAUUUCUCAAUGAUUUCCAACAGAAUUUUUUUUUAGUAAAGUCUAUUCUUAGAAUAGACCAUAUAGUUGAUAUUUUCUUUGUUCCAAAUGAAAUAUUAGGUUUCAUAACUGUGUUCUGUAAGAAUGUGUGGGUGUUGUGAUAGUGAACAUAUAAAAUGUUGAAAAAAUGGUUAAGGUUGGAGAUUACCAUCUAGAAAUGAAAGUGCUACAACAGCUUUAGCCAAGGUCACUGUCAGUAUGUCGGUAUUUAAAAAAAAAACAAAAAAACUAAUUAUUUAAAAAAAUAAUUCCAUUCCUUCUAUCCCAAACAGAAAGAAAAAAUCUGAAAAAUGCCACCUAGCAAAGGCAAUCUUACUUUUACAGAGAAAAAUGGAAAUCUUACUUUGGCUAACAAUCACAUAAUAAACACCAUGCCAACUGUAAUCGACACCAUCAUUUACUAUCUGUAGAAAAUAUAAGUGCUGAAAUGUAUCUACAAAAAGACAUGUUCACAAACUGGUGGUGGGUACAAAAGUCAAAGGGGGAAAAAACAGUAUCAUUCUACAAUAUGAUAGAAUAUGGGUUUGUUGCCAUAGAAAAAGCUGGAUAACUACAACUGACAUAGAUAUUCUAAGCAGCUAAGGACAUUUGUCUCGUAACGGUCUUUUGCCCCACACUAACAGUAUUUAGACCUAGAACAAUGAAAAUAACUUGACAUGUAAAAAGCUAUUUUGCAGUUGUUUUCUACAUAAUUAAUUCUACAAUACGGAUAUCUCUUUCUAACAGAACCACCCCUUAAAACGCUUACACACUGUUUUGCUUCCCCUUUAAAAAAAAAAAAAU